CUGCGGCAGGUGGUUAGUUGUUGUCGUCGCUCCUGACAUGCGGCACUCACGUUUCAUGGUCACCGCAAUCCUCAAGUUCGCCAUGCUGCCUGCGAUUGUCCUAUAUCUCCCGCUGGAAUGUUCGGAUGGCUCCUACGGCUCCCGGAGGGCCGGGAGGGAGCUUGAGGGGAAUGCAGUCGGGGCAGGGUCGUAUUAAAGAAUGCCGGCGUCAAAGGAAAGCGGGAACGAGCGAGCGACUGGCUUGGAUGCCUCAAGGGAUGAGAUGUCCACGGAUUCAUUCUUGUUUGCAGGAUGAGAGAUGGCAGAAAGGAGUGCUCGGUAGCUACUGCGAAUCGACAUCAACGCAAGAUCAUCAUCGCGAGGACCAUUCAGCAAUGAGCCGAUUCGUUUUCAUAUCUGUGAGGGGACGCACAGCGUCUGUCUGCUCACCUCUGGACGGAACAUGGCUGCAGUCUCCGGUGGGCCUUGGAUGUUUCAGGAGUCACACCAUCUGGAGACGACCCCUAACGCAGCUCGACGGCCGAGAAGCAUUGCCAAACGAAUUCUCCCAUGGAGAUGUCGCAAUUGAACGAAAUGCCAUGACGCAUCACCCCUCAUUCCAUGAACCCGAAUAUGUUCGCGGAGGUCAAUCACAAAUCGGUUGUCAUAUUGGCUCGAGAUUGCCGCUUACCCGUACAACUCUACGUCACCCCAUCAGCUGGCACGCGCACAUACUCGUAGACUACGUAAGUAUAUGCGCUCAAAUGGGUAAAUCAAGGAACUCGUACUUUGUUCCUGAGCAAUGCACCGCCGCGUGAGUGGGCCCAAGCGCUUCCCUCAACAACCGCCACAAACUAUGACAUCACCACCACCCCGCAACACUCCGCAACAAACAUCGCAGACUCUCACCAGGCUGGAAUGCAGCGAAUCAGGGUCCAGGGCGCCCUGGCAGCUCCGACAACCAAUUGGGAAAGUAAUGACGUCUUUUGGUCAUGAGGGACCCUUUCAAGGUUCGUUGGCAUUCAGGGACUUUGUUCGUGGUUUGUUUCAUCACGAAUGCGGAAAGGGCAAUCCACCCUUCACUCCUUCCACGCCUCCAUUUGCCUAUGACGUAUUUCCCCUGAGCUGCUGCCUCGGGCUCAAUACAUAAACCCCCUCCGCCUACGCCUUCAACCCUCUCCUCAUCACACCAACAACAACACAAGCAAUCAACAACAACUACCACACAAUCUUCACAACCACUCCAAUCAAACAACA